AUGGAGGGCACCGCGAAGGCCGAGCACGAGCUGAAGGCUCAGGGUGUUGUCGAGGCAGCUCAAGAUCCCAAUACGAGCGUCACGUCCGACGAUGCCCAGAAAGCAAUGGUAGACCAGGCGAGAGCAGGAGGAGCUGCUGCCUUCACAUUCAACCCAGACGCCAGUCCGGAGGAGAAAGCUGCACAAGCUCAGGAGGUUUCCACCGAUGCUGACGAUGGCCCUGACGCCGGCUACGACCUCCCACCACCGAGCAAGAAAGGCGCGAUCUCGGACGCGGCGAAACCUGAAGACGACAAAGACACCGCACACGCUGCUCAGCAAGAGGGAGAGGAUUGGGCCAAGGUCGGAUGGGCACCGCGUUUCGGCAACCCUAGCGAUAAGGAUGAGGGUGGUACAAUGCUGGACCACCAGACUUUUCUCGAAGGAAAGCUGGACGAUAAGUUCUUCGGCGAUUGGUAUCACAACGCGGCAAUCAUUGUGGUCGCCUGUCUCUCCUCGUGGGUGAUCGCGGUGCUGGGAGGUGGCUUGGGCUGGGUCUUUAUCGUCAUGGCUGGAUGCUCAACAUACUACCGAACCUCACUACGACGAGUGCGGCGCAACUUCCGCGACGACAUUAGUCGCGAGCUUGCCAAGAAUGCCCUCGAGACGGACAACGAAACGCUUGGAUGGAUGAACAACUUCAUGGCAAAGUUCUGGCCGAUCUAUGCGCCGAUCCUCUGCCAGACGAUCAUUGGCACGGUGGACCAAGUCCUCAGCACUUCAACACCUGCCUUCCUCGACAGCAUGCGCAUGAAGUCAUUCACACUCGGCACGAAGCCACCACGAAUGGAGCAUGUCAAGACCUACCCACGAUCCGAGGACGACAUUGUCAUGAUGGACUGGAAGUUCAGCUUCACACCAAAUGAUGUGGCAGACCUGACCAAGAAACAGAUCAAAGAGAAGAUCAAUCCCAAGCUGGUGCUGGAAAUCCGCGUGGGCAAGGCCAUGAUCUCAAAGGGUCUGGAUGUGAUCGUCGAAGACAUGGCUUUCUCUGGUAUCAUGCGGGUGAAGAUGAAGUUGCAGUUGCAAUACCCAUUCGUGGAUCGAGUGGAGAUCUGCUUCUUGGGCCGACCAGAAAUUGACUACGUCUGCAAGCCAUUGGGCGGUGAUACUCUCGGAUUCGACAUCAACUUUAUCCCCGGUCUGGAAGGCUUCAUCCAGGAGAUGGUCCACGCAAAUCUUGCCCCGAUGAUGUACGAUCCGAACGUCUUUCCGAUUGAGAUUGCGAAGAUGUUGGCUGGCUCGCCUGUCGAUCAAGCUAUUGGUGUUCUACAGAUCCAAUUCCACGGCGCGGAGGGCCUCAAGAACCCUGACAAGUUCUCUGGCACGCCUGACCCAUACGCUGUUGUGUCUAUCAACAACCGCGAGCCACUGGGCAAGACCAAGACGGUCCACGAGAAUGCGAACCCGAGAUGGAACGAGACUGUCAACGUCAUCCUUACUAGUUUGAAGGAGCCGUUGACGAUCAAUCUGUUCGACUACAACGAAUACCGGAAAGACAAGGAGCUGGGAGUUGCGACGUUCAACCUGGAGCAGCUCGAAGCGAACAAUGACAUGGAGAGCCAGAUCCUUGAGGUCAUGGCCAACGGCAGACCUCGUGGUAGAGUGCAAUGCGACAUUCGCUUCUUCCCUGUCCUGCAAGGUCGCAAACUCGAGGGUGGCAUCGAAGAGCCUCCACCAGAGAGCACGACUGGUAUCGCGAAGUUUGUCGUUGAGCAAGCCAAAGAUCUUGAUGGUUCGAAGUCUCUAAUUGGCCAGCUCAACCCAUACGCCGAGCUGCUAAUCACUGAUCGCAAGAAGGCCAAGCUCGGCCUGGUCAUCAAAGACGACCGCGAUCUUGCGAGCGAUCCCAUUCUUGCAUCGUACCAGAUCAAGCUUGAUGACUUGCUGGAUCUGACGGAGAAGGGCCAGGAAUGGUACAACCUCGCCGGAGCCAAGACCGGCCGCGCGAAGAUGUCACUGCAGUGGAAGCCUGUUGCUCUGACUGGCGCAGCAGGUGGCAAUGGCUACAUUGACCCUAUCGGUGUCAUGCGCUUCCAUUUCCAGUCUGCGCAGAACUUGAAGAACUUGGACACAGUCGGCAAAUCCGACCCAUACGCUCGUGUUCUGCUCUCGGGAAUCCAGAAAGGCAGGACCGUCACAUACAAGAACAAUCUCAGCCCUGAUUGGGACGAGGUAUUCUACGUGCCCGUGCACUCUGUCCGCGAGAAGCUUGUCGUCGAGGUCAUGGACGAGGAGAAUGUCGGCAAGGACCGCACGAUGGGCCAGAUUGAGAUCGCUGCGCAAGACUACAUCAAGCAAGGCGAGAAUGGCGAAUACCAAAUCUGCGACACCAAGGACAAGGUCAUCUCUGAGCAGGUCCGCAUUGGCACCGGCUCGCCCAGAGGUACCUUGAACUUCACUGUAGCGUUCUAUCCGACCCUUGCCGUGCAGGACCCGGAAGAUGAGGAGGAGCUGCAGAAGAAGGCCGCGCUGGAGGAGGCACCGGUUCCAGGAAUCAAGCGAAGUGACACUGCUGGUACUAUCGGCAGUGUCGACUCGACUGCUUCUCAAAAGGAGAUGAAGACGGCGUUGAAUGAGAACGAACAAGAGCAGACUGAGGCUGAGGAGGUGAAGCAGCUGGAAGUGCCAAAGGUCAAGAUCGGAGUUGAGGACUUGGGUAAAUAUGAAUCGGGUCUCCUGGUCUUCACGAUCCACGACGGCGAGCUUGCGCACGCUGGUACUCACCUGGAAGUGCUCAUGGACGACAUGAAAUACCCUGCUUGGGGCAGCGCCAAGGUCAAGAAUCGCAAGCACACCUUCAACGAGACCGGCGAUGCCAUGGUUCGCGAGCUGGACCUCUCUCGUAUCACGUUGCGACUUGUCUCGGACAAAGACAUUAAGGACGAGAAGGACGACGACAUCAAGGCGAAGCUCUCCGGCAGUCUUCUCGACACUCUGAAGAGAUGCCUCUACACACAAACUGUCAUCACGCUCAAGGACGAGCACGGCCACGCCAGCAACAUCAAGGUUUCCAUGCGCUUUCUGCCCGUCAAGAUGCAGCUUGACCCCAGCGAGUCAUUCAACAACCAAGGCAACCUUCGCGUGGAAGUCUUGGAUGCUGCGGACCUCCCGGCUGCCGAUAGGAAUGGCUACUCCGACCCAUACUGCAAAUUCUCGCUCAACGGCAAGGAUGUCUACAAGACCAACAAGCAGAAGAAGACGCUUCACCCGGCGUGGAACGAGUUCUUCGAGGUGCCUAUUCGCAGCCGCACAGCCGCCAAGUUCGUUGUUGAUGUAUACGACUGGGACUUUGGUGACAAAGCCGACUUUUUGGGCGGUGCCGCCGUACCGCUCGAUGUUCUCGAGCCAUUCCAAGCGCAGGAGGUCACCCUCAACCUCGAUGGCAAGAGCGGCUCGAUUCGAUUGAAGAUGCUCUUUAAGCCAGACUACAUCACUCGCUCGCGACAAGGCUCUUCGACCUUCUCCGGCACAUUCGCGGCGCCAGGCAAAAUCAUCGGCGCACCCGUCAAAGGCGUCGGCAAAGUCGGAACCUUCGUCGGAGGCGGCGCUCUCAAGGGAGCAUCUUUCCUCGGCCGCGGUUUCAAGCGCAGAACAGUAAGCGGCCACCAAAACGGCGAGAUGACCCCUGAUGAACAAGACCCCGUCGGCGAACUCCACCCCACAAGCAUGGAAUCCGAACGCGACCGCCCCGUCACCUCCAACGGCCACGCAAACGGCAUGGACGGCACCGUCAUCCCCAGCAUCGAAACCCCGCCCACCCCUACCACCCCUCACAAACGCGUCCUCUCUGCCGGCGGCCUUUCCACCGCGGGCCCGGAUGCCGGCACAGCGACCAUCUCCGUCCUUGGCGCAUCAGGCUUCGAAGCCGACACGAAACUCGAGGUCCACGUCCUACACGAGGCCAAACAUGGCAUGAAAGAUUUCUUCCACACCAAAGCCGUCAAGUCCAAAACUGGCGAGGUCAGCUACGAUGACGAUCCCAAGAAACUCUCCUGCACGGCCGCCACGCAGUUCAAAGUUGUCGUCAAGAAUGACAAGUCGUUUGGUCGGGACGAGACGCUUGGCGAGUCGUUGUUCUUCAUCAACGACCAGGCUAGCGGUGGGGAGCAAGAUGUUAAAGUUGGCGACGGAGUGGUACACAUCAAGAGCUCCUUCCUGCCGGCGGAUGCGAAGAGUCUGGGACGGAGUGACAGUCCGGGGCAGGGGAGUAACAAGUUUGGGAGGUUGUUGAGUAAGCGCGAACGCAGCGUUACGCCUGGGGUUUAGAGAUCUCCUGGGUUGGUUCGACGCGCGACGAGGAGGGUGAGGGAUGGAGCGAGGAGGGUUUCAUGGAGGAGAGGUGAGGAAGACGAGGAGGACCUGACGAGUAUGAGUCUGUUGAGUGUGGCGGAUGCUGGAGGGAGGAGGUCGAGUUCGGAGACUACCCUGAGCAAGGGAGGUGUUCUCUUGUGAUUUGUGUUGCGGUUUCUUUGGGCGGAUUGAGAUACCAAUAUGUGCGUGGGUGACCGUAGUGUACCUAGUUACUCUGGCG